CAGGGCACACAUGUGGCCCAAACAAACAAUGCUGGCCAAAACACCCCAAUCUCAAGCACCAGGGUGCAUGCACACCAAGAGUAGAAUAUACAUAUAGAGAACUCUCAAACUCCAGUUACUGUACAAGAUUUUGGUCCCCUUCAGUGAUUAUAAAGAAGGUGCAGGGGAAGAGGCCCUUCACAAGUCUGAAAUGCAGAGCACGGUCUGACACCUGAGAUCACACAGGAAAGAAGCACAAGCUCACCAGGGUCCCUGCUGGCAUCGGCUCGCUGCAGGGCUUGGAGCAGCUGGGAUCCUCAUCCUGCUGGGAGCUGUCAUAGCAAUGGGCAUUUGGGUUUCUCAGCUCAAAGGACGUCUGAAUUCACUGGAGAACAACAGUACCAGGGAGAGAAUCAUCCAUCAAUCCAACUGCAGCACUGGCCUAAAAGAUUUCCAUUUCCAGUUGAAACAAUUUGUGUGUGAAUCAUCUCACAGCAACUCAGCAGAGGGAUCAGGGUGCAAGCUCUGCCCCCCAAACUGGCUGCUGCACAGGGACAAGUGCUACUGGGUGUCUAAAGAAAGAAAUCCCUGGGACAAGAGCCGCGAUGACUGUUCAAGGAGGAGCUCUCGGCUGCUGGUGAUCCGGGACCAGGAUGAGAUGACAUUCAUACAAAAUACUUCCAAAGAUGCAAACCAGCUCUGGCUUGGACUCACUGUUGCAUCCCCCGCGAGGAAAUGGACUUGGGUGGACGGCUCCCUGUUCAAUCCAACACUGUUCAAGGUGGUGGCUCCUGCUGAAGGGAACAGCUGCGGGAUGAUAAAAGAUGGGAUUAAUUUUGAAACCUGCGGUGCUGCAUCUAAAUGGAUUUGUGAAAAAGACCCUCUCCAGCUAUAGACAGACACAUUAUCUGUAUUUUCUGUGUGUGAACGAGAAAUCGUCUUUAGUUUCAAUCUGUCCCAUGAAUGAUGAAUAUUGAAGGGGAGUUUCGAAGGGAAAAAUUGGGCUUGUGCCCUUCCCCCUCCCCCCUGCUUUUAUAAGGUGGAUAAAGACAGAACGACAGGCUUUUCUUGCAUUUGAAAUUCAGGUCCAGUCUGGGCUGGAAUAUUAUAGUGAAGGGAGAACUAGUGAAGUGACAUCACAAGUAGAGCUGUAUCUCACAGGUGUGACAUUCUGUAUCUCAAGGGUACCCCAUGUUCAUCCUUAUGAUUGUGUGGUAUCCACUGCAAAGUUUGUCAUGUCGGGUGUCUUCGGCAGGUUCUUGAUGCACUGAGCAUUGUUGUUACAGUGAUGUUAUAGGUUGUAAUUUCAU